CUAAAACAGAUUAGUGAAAUUCAGGAUAAAUGUCAAACAAGAGGUUGUUAUAAACCAUUUUCAGAUCUUAGCAAUUCAAUGCAACUAAAACAUAAUACAAAAUUUGGAGAAGAAUUGUUAGGUUUAUUUGAACAAAAAUGUGACUUUGAAGAAUUAACUUUUAUAACAAAUUCACAAAAGUUUCAUAUUACCUAUAAAGAAAUUAAUGCUGAAAAUAUUAAUUUACAAAUACAAGCAAUAAUUAGAUUAAUGAAUAGUGAAAAAAUUUCAAGACAAGCAUAUAGAUUAAUAUUAGCAAUUAGAUAUGACUUAUCAUGA